CCACACAAAGACACAGGGAGAGAGAGGCAACGAAAAAAAAGGGCCGUUCCUCUCCCCCCCGCCCAAACCAAGAAGAAAGUGAGAGCGCGCCGCGACCGCCAGCCAGCCGGCCGGCGACUCGGCACUGAGUGGGGACGAUUCCUUCAGUUCGCUCCCAACAAAUUCGUGGGGGAGGACAGGGGAAGAGGGCGGGGUCGUAAGCCGCCGGUUCUGUAGUCAGUGACCGUCGAGGAGCACGCAAGGUUGCCAUCUUCUCCAGUUACCAGCAUUUGAGGCAGAAAAAUGGAGCUCUGUACAGCUUGUAUCUGGACUUCAGCACAGUGGUCUCACACAAUAACGACCAACCGGCGACUGGCAUACCAUGGAUUUGCAAAUUCGAGUUUCUCAGCGCCCCAAAGGAGGAGGCGAGCAGCACUCUAUGUCAUGAAUGCCGCAUCGACCGGUGCUCCAAUAUCACGUCAAAACAUAACGCAACUUCCACGCACCAAUGGCGCAGUUACCAAAAGUAUAUCCACUGACAAACCCAGCAGUGCAAUGGAGCAACUUGAUAUCGAACGUGGUGUCUGUAUUCCUUUCCGAAAGUACACUCCAGAAAUGGUCAGGAAAAAAGUCUUGGAUUCAAGAGGUUCCAUACUGUCCCUUGCUAGUCGGGGAGUGGAGAUAGUUUGGAAACUUGGAUUUUACUGGUCAUCUCUUGUGUAUGACUUCUUGGUUGGACGGGAUGAAGAAAUUGUUCCAUAUCGUGCCCGGCAGCUCCGUAAUCUUUUAUGUGAUCUGGGCCCAUCUUUCAUAAAAGCAGGACAGGUUCUAGCCAACAGGCCUGAUAUUAUUCGAGAGGAUUAUAUGAAUGAACUUUGCAUCUUGCAAGAUGAUGUCCCUCCAGUCCCUAACCAGGUGGCUUUUACCAUAAUUGAGGAGGAACUUGGCCAACCUCUAGAGAGAUUGUUCAGCAAAAUUUCAUCACAGACAAUAGCAGCUGCUAGUUUGGGCCAAGUUUACCGCGCCACACUUAGAGAAACUGGCGAGGAUGUCGCUAUUAAGGUUCAGAGACCAGGAAUUGAACCAAUAAUAUACCGAGAUCUUUUCCUGUUCCGCACUUUGGCUUCAUUUUUGAAUGGGAUUAGUCUUCAGAAACUAGGGUGCAAUGCGGAGCUUAUUGUUGAUGAAUUUGGUGAAAAACUUUUGGAAGAACUUGAUUACACUCUUGAAGCUACAAAUAUCGAGGACUUUCUAGAAAAUUUUAAGGAUGAUCCAACUGUCAAGAUACCUCGAGUGUAUAAGCAGCUUUCAGGUUCCCGUGUUCUGGUGAUGGAGUGGAUAGAUGGAAUUAGAUGUACGGACCCACAGGCUAUAAAAGAAGCUGGAAUUGAUGUGGAAGGUUUUCUCACAGUUGGAGUCAGUGCUGCUUUGCGUCAGUUACUUGAAUUUGGUCUUUUCCAUGGAGAUCCACAUCCUGGAAAUAUUUUUGCAAUGCGUGAUGGUCGUAUUGCUUAUGUCGACUUUGGCAAUGUGGCCGUUCUUAGCCAGCAAAACAAACAAAUCCUAAUCGAUGCUGUUGUUCAUGCUGUUAACGAAGACUAUGCUGAAAUGGCAAAUGACUUCACUAGGCUGGGUUUCCUUGCUAGUGGUACAGAUGUAGCCCCAAUUAUUCCAGCUCUGGAAUCCAUUUGGCAAAACUCAGCUGGAAAAGGCUUGGCGGACUUCAAUUUCCGGAUUGUGACUGGGAAGUUCAAUCAGCUUGUGUACAACUAUCCAAUCCGCAUCCCAGAAAGGUUUUCUUUGGUUAUUCGUUCAUUGUUGACGCAAGAAGGAAUCUGCUUUACACUAAAGCGUGAUUUUAAGUUUCUUGAGGUUGCCUAUCCAUAUGUAGCAAAGCGUCUGUUAACAGAUCCAAACCCUGCUCUCCGUGAACGCUUGAUUCAGGUGCUAUUCAAAGAUGGGGCAUUCCAGUGGAAACGACUAGAAAACCUUAUAGUUCUUGCCAAGGAGAAUGUGACUAAGAUGAGCAGCAACCCUGCACUGAAAAAGAAUAGUUCGCAAGCUGUAAGAAAUCGACAAUUGGAGAGCAAACUUGAUCUCACUGAAACAAUAAAAGAUGGAGCACGGAUGUUCCUUAUCGAUGCUGGUAUCAGGAGACAACUUAUACUGGCCUUCACUGAAGACUCCAAAUUGCAUGUAGAAGAGCUUGUGGAUGUAUACAGACUGGUCGAAGAUCAAAUAGAUAUGCCUUCAGUUGCCCUUGAGGUUCUUCAAGAUUUACCAUCUGUUGCACGUGACUUCAUGCUUUCCUGGAGUGAUUCCAUCCUGUCAGAUCGCCAGUACUAAUGAUCUUUUACAUAGGGCCCUGCAUGGUUAUGGUACCUCGAUAUGAUCUACAAGGAAAAUGGCUAGACAAGAAUUCCUUCUCGCUGUAUACAGUUUGUUUUUGCUUUGAUUUUUGUAUAGCAAAAUAUGCAAUGUGCAGUUUUUUUUCUUUUCUCCAUUGUCAAUUUCUCUGCACAUGCCAUUUGUAUAGUAUAGCGCGAGGGAUCUUGUAUAUAAAAUAAAAUGAGCUCGUGAUUCGAAUGUAGUAGAAAUAGAUGUACACAGUUAGCAUUCAAAUCAAAUACAUGUAGAAGCAUCAAAGGCUUCUAAGCAUCAAAGGCUUCUAAGUGUGUUGAUCGUGUUGGAUUUA